UCACUUCCCCACUUGAUUUGUACGAAAGAGGACGGAGACGGCGUCGGCAGCACGAGAGGAACAUGUGAGAGAAAUCGUUCUCACUAUUUUCAUCCGAGAGGAGCAUUUUAUUGGAACAAAUGAUGAUCAUUAAAUUAGGAGAUCCUGUGGAUUAGACACCCUGUGAUUAAUCGGCUCUUCUUUGUGUGACAGAUCUCCAGAUUGAUCUCCAAUUGAGAAAUUGCAAGUCCUAGAUAAUAAAAAGAUAUAAAAAUGGCUCCCAGAGUGAAAGACGACAAAACAAUGCAAAACACAGAAUUAGAAUAUUUUAAACUGAGUUUUAUUUUGCUCUUGCUGAAUAUCAUCCCAGCCACAGGAUAUUACCUGAAGUCUUGCCAUGUCAGUGACGACAACGCCAUAUGUACCAACAGCAAAUUCAAGGAGGUUCCCCAAUACAUCCCCUCAACGGUUAAAGGUUUUUACUUGUCUGCGAACAAAAUUACAAAAUUACAAGCUUCAGAUUUUAAAAACCAUUCCGCUUUGACGCAAUUAGACCUGAAACGCAACUACAUUUCGAAGAUAGGCCCGGGCGUCUUUGCCAAUCUGAUUUACCUCAAGACAUUAAAUCUAAAUCACAACAAGCUCGUUGAACUUGGAGAUGAUCUUUUUCAGGGUUUGCUCAACCUCACGGAGCUCAGAAUCAAUAAUAAUCGCAUCAGGUUGCUGGCGUCCACCUCUUUUAAGUCUUUGACAAGCUUGACGGUUUUGGACAUCUCCAUCAACCGACUGCACACCUUGACGAACGUUCGCACUAUAUUACAGCACCUGCCGAAUCUACGGGCGCUGUCGGUGGGAAGUAACACCAUAACCACUUUUAAUUCGUCGGAAUUGACCGACGGCUCGCUAAAUCUCGUUUUCCUCGAUGUGUCUGGAAAUCCAAUCGACGUCUUCAGGGUCACCGCGGAUGUUUUUCCAAAUCUCACCUGGUUAGACAUCGGCCUUUCUUCUCCGAAGAAACCGAUGAGAUGGGACAUUCAGAACAAGACUUUUCUCAGUCGAGUGAUUACUCUUGGUAUCAGUGGGCAACAAAUCGAUAACGAUGCCAUGAAAACGUUACGGGAGAACUUCAACCCCUCACUGAAGACUCUGAGGAUGAAUGGAAUGAAAAAUACACAACUAACAGCACUAAUCAACGUUUCCUGCUCCAUCCCAACAGUCUCCAAACUCCAACUUGAAAAUAACAACCUACUUUAUGUCAAUGCACAAUUCUUCCAGUUGUGUAUUAAAAUAAGAGAGAUAGAUCUAGACAGAAAUACAAUACGAAAAAUCAGCGACGAGGCCUUCAGAUCCCUGCAAGGGUUAAAGACCUUGAGUCUGAGUAAAAACAAACUUCUAUUUGUUCCAGCCGCCACACGGAAUAUACCAACUCUCAGAGAGCUGGAUCUCAGCAAGAAUUACAUCAAAACACUCGAUUGCAACGAUUUCGCCAAUCUGACAAAGCUCAGUCAUCUCAGCCUUAAUGAGAAUUUAAUCUCAGCUCUAAAAGGGUGCGUUUUCAAGGAUUUGAUACGAUUGGAGGUUUUAAAGCUACAGAACAACAGCAUCACUCAACUCGGCGGUGCUUUCCAGAAGUACCUGCCAAAUCUAAAACAACUGCGUUUGAGUCUAAAUAAACUCACCGCUAUUAAGAGCGGGGAAUUUAAGGACCUGCAGUCACUCCAGAACUUGACAUUAAACAAUAAUCAAAUUGUUGGACUUGAAAAAGGGUCUUUUUUUGGAUUACGCAAUCUAACCAAUUUUCUGCUGAACGACAAUAAAAUAAAUGAACUACCCAAAGGAGUAUUCAAUGAUCUGAUCAAUUUAAAAGCGUUGUAUUUGAUGAACAAUAACAUUAAAUACCGGGAUGCAACAGCUUUGACUAAUCCACCAUUUUCUAAACUGUCCCGUUUGGAGACGUUGGUGUUUCUUGGAAACAGCCGUCGGGGGAAGUCUAUGCUGCCUUCCAACUUCCUUCAAGGUUUGACUAAUCUUUUGUUUUUCGACACCAGGAACGCUCAACUUCUAUCCUUGCACAAAGACACGUUUACUUACACGCCACAAUUGCAAAAACUUAACUUAAACUCAAAUGACAUCAAAUAUUUCUGUCCGGAGUUGUUUCACCCAAUCCGAGGCCUUAAAUCUCUCUACAUAUCCACGAAAAGUCUUCAGUCUUUAGAUUUCUUGAUAAAAGCCAACCUUACCGAGCUGAACUUUCUGCAGGCGAGAAAGAAUCAAUAUUCAGUUUUCAGUGAAGAAGUUAUAAAGUCCCUACCGGCUCUCGUCUACCUCGAUCUUCAAACCAAUAGUUUCACCUGUAACUGCGACAACGCCUGGUUCCAACAUUGGGUCGUCACGGACAAACAAACACAAGUUUACGACGCCGACAACUUUGUGUGCAACUAUCCUUCAGACCUUAACGGUAAGAAGCUGUUGGACUUCGACAUCCAAUCCUGCAUAGUGGACACAGAGUUCAUCUUAUUCAUCUCCACCAUGUGCAUGAUCCUCCUGGUUAUGUUGGUGUCCGUCACCAACCAUUUCCUUGGGUGGCAGCUGGCCUACGCCUACUACCUCUUUCGGGCUUUACUCUUUGACUUAAAGCUUAAAAACAAGCACGAUCCCAAUCAGUAUGACGCCUUCGUCUCCUACAACAACCACGAUGAGCCGUGGGUCAUGAGGGAGCUGGUGCCAAGACUGGAAGGGGAGCAGGGCUGGAAGUUGUGUCUGCACCAUCGAGACUUUGAGCCAGGCAAACCCAUCAUCGACAACAUCACAGAUGCCAUCUACGGAAGCAGGAAGACCAUCUGUGUGAUCAGUCGCCGAUACCUCAAGAGCGAGUGGUGCUCCAGUGAGCUCCAGGUGGCCAGCUACCGUCUGUUCGCCGAGCAGAAGGACGUGCUGAUCCUGGUGUUUCUGGAGGACAUCCCCAUCGCUCAGCUGUCGCCGUACUACCGCACGAGGAAGCUGCUGAAGAGGCGCACCUACCUGAGCUGGCCUCGAGCCGAGGAGCACCCCGAGGUGUUCUGGGAGAAGCUCCGGCAGGCUCUGACGACCAGAGAAGAUCCGGAGGGGGAUCGGUUCCUCCUCACCGUGGCGGACAGACGGUGAUGUGGAGUUGAUCUUUACAGCCAGUGUCUUUGGGGCUGGAGGGGCGACUGUGGGUCCGGUCAGUGGUUAGCAGGUCAGUCGUUCUAUCAGGGGGUUGGCGGUUCAAUCCCCACCCUAGGCGACGUGUCCUUGAUUGAGCAAGACACUUUCCCCUGAGUUGCUCCCUGUAGCUGUUUCUACGGUGGAUGAAUGUAAGUAGCUUUCAAUAAAAGCAUUAGCUAAAUGACAUGUAAUCAUGAGUCUUCUGGGGAAUUUGUUGUCUUGUUUUUCCACACAAAAUGGCCGUAAAGUGUAUCUGGAGGAGGUUGCCGACUCGCUUUUAAGACCAUCUUGAUCAGCUGGUCUUACUGGUCUUACUGGUCUCACUGAAAUGGAAAAUGAAGAGUCUCAACUCCAAGAGUUCCCAUUCAACCAAACUGCAAUACCAAGUUAUGACUAAGUACAGGUUUAAUUAGUUGUUCCAUCAUGUGCUCCUCUAAUGAGGCAGUGAACUGAUAAUCACGGCCCUCUGAGGAAAAUUUAAAAUUUUGGGCUGUACAAAAUAAAUUGGAUUGAAUAGCUGAUAUUGUAAAUAUGUUAUAGAAUAAGAUAAAGAACCGACUGUCAGGAGAAUAAUGCCAUCUAAAAUACUUUAGACAAAUAAAACAUCCGUGUCUGGGUUCCUCUACUUGCCACUUAUGUUUGAUAACAAUCUUUUAAAUCACUUUCAGACUCAUUUUUUAUAACUAUAAAAUGAUACCACACAGUCAUUUUUGCUCAAAUGUUGCCACAUUGUCAUGAUAACUUGCAUUGUAUACAGUAUAUGGUCAUUUUCAGAAUAUAGAAAUGAAACAACUGGCUGGUAAUCAGUAAAAAUGUAUGUAUCCAAAAAGCUUUACAUUGAUUAUGAAGAAAACCGACAGCACAUAGUAUUGAUCAUUUUAAAUGUGUUAUGAUAUUAUAAAUGUUUGUUCAACACAUAAACCUCAUUACAAACUCGUGCUUUGCAGCCACGCUUUUGUUUGAACCCCCAGGAAUUAAUUUUCUUUCCAAAGAUACCAAAUCUUUGGAGUGACAUUUUAGGGAAAUGUAGAGCAAAUUAUAUCUAGAAUAUUGCUGAUUUGAUGUCUUCAAUGAAGAGCUGCAACAAAGUAAUACAGGACAUAUAUGAUGCAACCAGGCUGUGGCCAAUACGUGUUUCUUUCACAACUUAACCAUAAGUGGUAAAGAGUAUUUUUGUCAUCUGACAUUUAUUAAUUAAUUUAAAACAUUAAUUUAAAAAAAAUCCAAUAAAUGUGUCACACCAAAUAGAACAAUGCAAACCCUGAGUAUUUUUUUAUUAGCUUUUUGGAAUUAUUGUUAUUUUUAUUGCAAUUUUUUCGCAUUAUUAGCCAGUCAGCAUUGUCUUUGUCUGGGAAAAAACAUUGUGAAAAAUGUCGAACAAUAAAUGCCUAAUUUUGACUUUU